AUGUCUCAAGUAUUGACAUUGAAAGAUUAUCAUAACUUAAUCAAUCUUCAACCAAUAUCAUUUAAGUUUACGGAUAAAAAUCUGAAUUAUGCUGCAAUAAUUCGUCAAAUUGUUGAAUAUUUAAAUGGACCUAAUGAUUCUGUUUCUCAACGGUCAAUAGAAGAACAACGAGCUUUUAUUCGUCGUCUACUGACUAUUCGCGAUCCCAGACCAAGCGAUCGUUAUUCAUCUCAUAUUUACAAUUUAAUUGAUCGAGUGCUCACAUAUGAAAGAGAUCAUAUGAAGAGUCUUACUCAAGCUAGUCAAUUACCUGUACAAUUUACAUCAUUACCUUUUAUUCGUGUAUGGCGAGGCGAUAUUACGACUCUAAUCAUUGAUGCGAUUGUCAAUGCAGGCAAUAGCAAUCUUCUUGGAUGUUUUCAACCCACACACCUAUGCAUUGAUAAUAUCAUUCAUGCAGCUGCUGGUCCUCGUUUACGAGAUGAUUGUUAUACAAUUAUGGAAAAACAACAACAAUCAGAACCUGUAGGUCACGCAAAAAUUACUGCCGGCUAUAAUCUUCCUUCGAAAUAUGUUUUACAUACUGUUGGUCCUCAGUUAUUUCAUGGAGCUUAUGUAACACAAGAUAAUGUUCGAGAAUUAUCUUCUUGCUAUGAAGUAUGUUUAAAUCUAGCAAAUGAAAUAGGUACAAUAACAUCAAUAGCAUUUUGUUGUAUUUCAACCGGAUUAUUUGCUUUUCCUGCUGAUCAUGCAUGCCGUAUAGCAAUUGAAACAGUAAUCAACUGGUUUCAACGACAAAAGUCGAAUACAAAAUUAUCCCUCAUUGUAUUUGAUGUAUUUAGUCUAGAAGAUGAACAACGAUAUGUAAAUGAACUCGUGCAUUUUUGUAAAUCAAGAAACAAGUGA